GUUAGUCAAAAAAUAAAUAUAUGCGACAUUUCCACAGUGCAAAAUUCUUGUAUACAACGCCUUCAAAACAAAAGGCGGAUUUUCCCACCUCACCAACUCUUCAUUUAUACAUCACCCACUUCAAAUUUGACAGAACUCCAUUACAAUCUGUAAUACCCACUUUCUUUUUCGCCACCAUUUUCAUUGGUCAUGGCUGCCUACGCGAUGAGCAAUCUCUGUAUGUCAACUCUCUCUCUGAAAAAAUCAAGUUUUUUAAGAGACACAUCUGUGUACAAAUCAAAAGCAGCAAUACCCACAAAGCAAAAACAAUACUUCUGUGUCAGAGCUGUGGCAACAACAUCACCAUCAUCAUCGCCCAAAGUUGGGGCAAAUGAGAGCUGCAAGAUAAAAUCCGUCAAGGCCAGGCAGAUCAUUGAUAGUAGGGGAAAUCCAACAGUGGAGGUGGAUCUUGUGACUGACACACUCUACAGAUCAGCAGUGCCCAGUGGGGCUUCUACUGGAAUAUAUGAAGCUCUUGAGAUGAGAGAUGGGGAUGUGUCUGUUUAUGGAGGAAAGGGCGUUCUCAAUGCCGUGAAGAAUAUCAACGAUAUUCUGGGUCCCCAGUUGACUGGCUUAGAUGUCAGAGAUCAGAUCAAUGUGGAUGGUAUAAUGUUGGAGUUAGAUGGAACAGCAAACAAAUCUAAACUGGGUGCCAAUGCUAUACUUGGAGUAUCUCUAAGUGUGUGUAGGGCUGGUGCAGGAGCAAAAGGCAUACCUCUAUAUAAGCAUAUUCAGGAAAUUUCUGGAACAAGAGAGCUUGUCAUGCCAGUUCCAGCUUUUAAUGUGAUAAAUGGAGGUAGUCAUGCUGGCAACAAGCUAGCAAUGCAGGAGUUCAUGAUCCUGCCUGUAGGAGCCAAGUCAUUUUCAGAAGCUAUGCGCAUGGGUAGUGAGGUAUACCAGGUCUUGAAGGGCAUUAUUAAGAAAAAAUAUGGGCAAGAUGCAUGCAAUGUUGGAGAUGAAGGAGGAUUUGCACCAAAUAUCCAAGACAAUAGAGAGGGCUUGGUUUUAUUGCUUGAUGCAAUUGAGAAGGCUGGAUACACAGGCAAGAUUAAAAUUGGAAUGGACGUGGCGGCUUCAGAAUUUUUAACAAAAGAUGGGAAAUAUGACUUAGAUUUCAAAGAACAACCAAACAGUGGUGCCAACUUACACAGUGGUUCAAGUCUUGCUGAACUAUACAAAGAGUUUGUUAAAGACUUCCCAAUUGUGUCUAUUGAAGAUCCUUUUGAUCAAGAUGACUGGAGCUCAUGGGCAGCUCUACAGUCGUCGGUCAACAUACAACUUGUAGGGGAUGAUCUACUUGUGACAAACCCGACAAGAAUUGCAGAAGGAAUUCAAAAGAAAGCUUGCAAUGCCUUACUACUGAAGGUGAAUCAGAUUGGCACAAUUACUGAAUCCAUCCAAGCUGCCCUUGAUUCCAAAGCUGCUGGUUGGGGUGUUAUGGUUAGCCAUCGAAGUGGAGAGACCGAGGACAAUUUCAUUGCAGAUCUGGCUGUUGGUUUAGCCGCUGGACAGAUAAAAACUGGAGCACCUUGCCGAAGUGAGCGGCUAGCUAAAUACAAUCAGCUCCUACGCAUUGAAGAAGAGCUUGGCAGUGUGCGUUAUGCUGGAAAGAAUUUUAGGCACCCUUAGAAUUGUACAAAAUGAGGGAGCAUGUAAGAUUGACAGGAGUACCAAUAAGAUUCCUUUUUGGAAUUAUGUUAGGAAUUUUGUAAGGUUCAGUUUAGUAGAAAUUUCUUCUGCACAAUCUCUGGGCUGAUGAUAAACAUGCAUUAGCUGGAAAUGCUUAAGUUGGAGGUAAAAUAGUUUCAACUUAUGGGCUAAGGAGUGUUGAUUAUUGAACACCAUCAUAGAGCUUCUUAUGGUUUUUUGGUUA